AACAUACGUUCUGUUCAUUAUUUGUUGUCAAACCUUUUUUUUAUCGUUCUAUUGAGUAAUCUACAAUUUGCUAAUAAUAUUGGAGGUACACAUAAAUAAAGUGGUUAAAAUGUAACAGAAAAUGUCGUGAUACGAAAAUAAACCAUUCUGUCGUCACAAAUCAACGUACAGUUUAUAAUUAACCAUCGUUUUGGGAUUGACACAGUUAGUUUUUGAAGAAACAACGUCUCGAAAAUGGCGUUUUCACUGAGAAAAAUGCUGUCCAAUAUUACGUACUUCAAAAAACCAGGCGAAGGCAGUAGUCCCGAUGGGGACCGUCCAGCGGGGGCUAAUCAACCUUCCACGUACGUAUCAUCAUAUGAAACCGAUAAUUUAUCAUUUGAUCGACUUGAACCCGAUUCCACGUCAAAACAUUUCACUAACAGCUUAAAAUUGUCCAAUUCUAUCGAAAAUUACGCAUCCAAAAAGGGAUCUCUAUCUGACACUGAUGUUUUAGUAAGUAUUGGGGCCCCAAAAAAGGACAGGAGGAAAGGGAAAAAAUUGAAGUUGGACAUAAAAAAAGCCAGUCAAUCGAUGACGGAAAUAACAUCUGAUGACUCCAAUAAUGUCGAAAAUACUCCAAAACACAUUCUGCUGGAUUGUAAGAGCGCCGAUUUGUUCAGUCAACGCUUCAAAAGUUUAGAUUUUAACAAGUCAUUCGAGAUAUUCGAUGACGAUUUGUCAGAUGAAUCCAGUUACGAGGACAAUUUCGAAAUAUUAACGACCUCUGAACACUCUAAUUCUGAUAUAUCAAUCUUGUCUGAAAGCGACGUAGAAUCGAUAAAGAUGUGUCGGAAAGUUGAACCUAGUGCAGACAACGAAAAUAUAUUGGUUCCAUCGACAACGCCAGAGUCGUUUGCAGACGUCGAGUUGGAUAGGAAUGAGGACAAACGAACCUCAUUGUUACUAAACUAUCAGAUGAAACUCGAAAGGCUGGAUUGUUUGUUGAAAAAGUUGCUAACAGAAUUUCAAUUUCACAUCGAAGUCUCCAAGGUGUUCAACUAUAGAUCUGUUCUCACACCGCUCCCUGAUACAGAUGUUAGUAGGUUGCCCAAAAUGCUUGGUGAAGUCACAUACAAUCUGAGCCAUGAUACCAGUCCUUCUGGCUCUUGGAACAUCGUAAUGGAGAAAGAAGACUCUAUAACAAAAUUCAAAGUGAAAACGCAGCUGCUGUCAAUUAAGCAUAAUAUAGAUGAAUUUGUCAACACAUAUUUGCAGAACAGAGAAGUGGAGAAGAAGCUUUUGGCCCACGAACGCAGGAGUUUGACAUUUGAUCUUCAAAAAGAGAAGAAAGAACCACAGAAACGUCUUCGUAUCAACGACAAGAAGAAGUACAAGCAUUUUGACUUCCCAGACUUGAGAGAAGCAAUGCUCCACUUAUUUGGCUCUGAAGAGAAAGAUGACUCCAUGUCCAGUAUAUCUGGUAACAAUAUAACCCAAUUGCUAAGUGAUUAUGAUGAAGCAGACAUGUCUAAAUGUAUCUGCCGUUGUCGCUACCACAGAUCUCCAUCUACGCAGAGUGACUCCGGUGUCACCACGAAGAAUGAUAGAUCACUAUCGAGCCAGUCAAUAAGUUCAUCUAUCGGCAACUUUAGUUUGGACUCGUCUACUUUAACAGCUUAUUCCGAAUCUCUAGACCAGAUCAUUAGCUACAACAGCUUCCAAGACACCAGUCUGUACAGUACGUUCCUGCAGAAAGCAGCAAUUGAGCGUAUCACCUUCUACGUACAAGUGCACAGUAUCCAACUGAAAUGUGAACCUGCAGAAGAUGAAUUUGAGUCCAAAAACACCAUAAGCUUCUACUGUCCAGCUUGUAAGUCUGUGGAAAACGAUGAGAACGGUCUACUCAAACAUAUUUUAAGCCAAAUACACUGUGAAAAAAUACAUUUCUUAUACAAAACUGCAUACAUCAAGAAGUGCGUAUCGACUGGAAAGGAAAUUCAACCCAGUACGGUGUUAAAUCCCAUGGUUAUGUACCGAGAUGAUAAUAAGAUAGUCUGUUUCGGAGAUGCAAUGUACGCUUGCUCACUGUGCUUUGAGAAUUUGAUCAUUGGAGAAUCAGUUUUAAUGGCUCAUUGUGCAGAGUCUGCCCACGUGGAACGGAGGGAGAAGCUGUCAGAGAUUUUAGAUUAAGCGCGUUCAUAUUCAGAGUAUUGUAAUGUUGCAAUUAUCUGUCAAUUUUGUCAAUUAUCUGUCAAAAACAAUUGAUAAAUUCUUUUUAUUUACAUACAUAUAUACAUACAUACAUAUCUGUCACGCCUGUCUCCCAUUAGGGUAGGCAGAAACAAUGGAACGCCAAAUGCUUCGAUUCAAACAGACCUUCUUUUUAUUUAUGAUUGAUUAUUAAAUAAGUGCUUUACUACCAAAACAAAACGUUAAUCACAGAAUGUGUUGCAUGUAAAUCCACUGUGAAAACUUUGCACCUACUUCACAUUUUGGUUUGAACUAUUUCAAAUACUUUUUCGCAAUGAAAAUCCAAAUUUUCCUUUGUGACUGCUUAAUAAGUAUGUUAUUGUGUAUAGUUAGUUGGCGGAGCACUUCUUCUUCUUCUUCUUUCUAAAAAUAUGGCUUCCACCGUAGAGAGCACUUUUUAAACAAUCAACCAGAAACAUUGACUAUUCAAUUGUUUUUGAGUAUUAACAGACAAUUGCGACGUUUCCAUACUUGUUCGUGUUAGUUAUGAACACUCAUAAGUGCAUGUCGCAUGUGUUUGUCUUUAUGUCCCUUAUCAUUUGUAUUUAACUACUUGCUUAAUUUUUUUUUUAUUUAUAUUUCAUUAACCUCGAUCUACGGUAUGAAUUCGGUUUUAUAAUUAUGCUAUUUUUAAUGUUAAUUCAUAACUUUAUAAAUACGUCUUCCAUUUUGAUUUAGCAUUCCAUUUUUACACAAAUGAUACGGGGCAAAGUGAAAUGUUUAAUUUGUAAUAACUAUUUGUAUUAAUUAUUGUAUAUUAAUCAACUUAUUUAGUGUGAUAGUUAUAGUAUACCAGUUAUUGACACAUAGCUUUUUUACACACAAGAAAUAAGUUUUAGAAUACCAAAUCAAAGAAUUCCAUUUUAUUUUCUACUAUUUUUUUUCGUGGUUGUGAUUAGUCUCAUCAUAAAUUAAAUUUAUUUUUCAAUUCUUUUUACAACCAUAAUGUUUUGAUAUAUUUAAUUAAUAAACAAAUUGGUACUAUUACAUUUUAGCAAUAUACUUACAUUUGUUUGAUAGAAUUUAUUGUUGUAUCUUGACUACUUUCUGUUAUUUAUUUGCAAAUUCUUGUUAAAUCGAAUAUUUUUCUUGAUACUGAAAUUAAAAUGUACAGGAUCUCAUUUACAAACAUAUUCAUGAAGUGUCCUUUUUUGUUUGAAAAAAAUAGCGACCAAAUUCGAUUGUGAUUUUUAGCUGUAAAAAAUUGUGUUACGUCACUUAGGUAAGCGUGCUUGAAAAUUAAUAAUUUAAAAAAUAAGUAUUUUAAAAUUAAUUAUUUUUUGAAUUGAAAUAAUUGAAUCAGUAGAUAUAAAUAAAAAAAAUCAUAAGUUUUUUUUUUUGUGUAAUAUGGAGAUGCUAUUUUUAGAGAGAUAAUUUUUCAAGCACGCUUCCUUAAUUUGUGUUCAGACUUUAACGUCACUGCCAUAGUUAGAGUACCGUCUAAUCCCCUUAUUUAUAAAAACGUAAACCUCUCAUUUAUAUUAUUUUAACUAUUGUAAUAUUUUACCUCCUUUUUUUUACAUUAGUUUCUCAAUUUGUUAGACAGUGACAAAACAUUGUAGUAAUUAAAAAUCAUUUGUAAGACGUUUUAGUUUUUAUGAGUAAAGGGGUAAAAUAUUGUGUUCAUACAAUAGAGUCCAUUGUUAGCCGUUUUAGACAAUACUAGGUCGAAACUUACCUUUUUGUCGAGUUCGCUUUCGCAGUCAUAAUAUUGAAGUUUCUAUGAAACUCGUGCUUUAUAAAGUUAAUGUGUGAAUUCCCCUUAAAUAAGAGAAAAAUCAACUUAGUACCAUUAAAAACAAAGCAGGGUUUUCCAAAUUAUCAUUAUCCAUUUUGUUGAUUGAAAAAAUAGAACAUUAAUUUUGUAUUUUCUUUUAGUCCAAAGGCUGGUCCCUAAUGGCAUUUUUACUUAAGUUAUUGGCCAACAAAUUGAUUUCUUAGACAAAAUUCUAUUAAAAAACAGUAAAGAAUAUUCUGACGCCCAAGGCUAGAUAUUAUGGGAAUCUUAAUUUUUUUUUCUAAAAUUGUUAUUUUGUCAUAAAGAGCUGGACUCUAUCAUAUCAGCUGUUAUCUGUCCACUGCUUGUUCAGCCUCGCCUUAUUGGGGGGGUUUUGUCAGUAGUUGCCACGCUUGGCAGGCAUAUUGGCAACCGCAAUUAGGCUUUGGUGAUGUUUAAAAAGGGAUGUUACUGCCCAUCUCUUGAUCAUUAAGUUUCCUCGAUUACCAAUUAAUUUAAGAUAGACAUUAUUUGAUUUCUUCCAAAAAAUUAGAUUAGUAAACUUAUUAUAGAUACAAACAAUUGCAAGAAAUGAUCGCACUAAGAAAUCAAUGUGUGUGACCAUGUAAUAUUGUCCAAUGGUAAGGCAGUUUCGGUGAUGGAAAAUACAGUUUAUAUCCAAAUUAUUUCGAAUGGCGUCAAUAGUCUCGCCGUUUGCUAUGCUGGAUUUAAACGUAUAAAAUUACAUACUUUACAGCAAUCAUGGUCAGCAAAUGCCUCUCUCUGCCAUAACAAGGAUUGCAGUCAUGAACACAUAGUUAAGCUAACACAUUAACAAAACAAAGCGCUCCAUAUUUCUGUGAUACGGGUAAAAAUCUAUUUUAUAUUUAAAACAGUUUUUCACUAAUAAAAAUAAACGAUCUCGUGCCUUUCUAAACUUACCGAGAGAGCGAACUCGACCGUUUUGAAAACAGGGUGUUUUACAUUGUAUCCAGUUUUAAAUGUAUUUAGCUCGAAUAAGCUUAGCUUACACUGCGAUAUUUGAUAAGAUAUAAGCUCAUAAUAAUGCAUUUCUCAUCUUAAAGCAACAUACUCGUAUUUUACUUCCUUCUAUAACUCACUCGUAUUUAUUCAAAUUUAUUUUUUGUAAUAUUUAUUGGUCUUUGUUUUAAUCAAGUAUUUAUCUCGUAUUUUACGUUAAACUAAGACUGUCAUUUUCCUGAUCCUUUCAGCGUCUAAUUGUUCCAACAACACUUUAUUUUGUGAUUAUUUAUUGAAUCUAUUUUUCAGUAUUUUUUUAAUAAUUAUUAUGCAGAUUAGAUAGCAGACAACUAUAAUAUACAUCUAAUCGGUAACUAAACAUAUCCAGGAAUGCGCUAGAUUUCAAGUAACAAGAUAAGUUGCUGAACUAGAAAUAAUAUACUCGUAUAGUUUCAACUCUUAUCUUUUCCUGUGUCAGUUUUUAUCCUCGUUUAUUUGGAAUCGUAAUUUAAUAUUUUUAAUUUAAUAUCAACAGCUCAUAAAUCACAAUAAUAUCUCGUUCAAAUAUUAUGUAAAGUCGAAAGGAAAUUUUUCAAUCAACGUCAAAAAAGAAGAUUCUGAAUUCGGUUCUUAGAUGUAUUUAUUUUUAAAUUUGUUACCUCAUAACUCCGUCAGUUGUAAACCGAUUUGUAAAAUUCUUUUUUAUCUGAAAGAUUACUUUCAGAUUGGUACCAUAGAAACUUUAUCCAAAUCGCUUUAGUAGUUUAGUUUUUAAAUGAAAUUAACACAGUUGAAGUCGGUGCAUUCUUUUGUAAAACAAAAUCUACCUAUAGUUCAUUGUCUCAUAUUCAUAAUGCAAUUACUAGGUAUAAUAAGUAGCAGCAGGUGGAAAGUAAACGUAAUAUUGUUGAAUUAAUUUCUAAAAGUUUUCCCAUUUCAGUUUGAAAUAAUAAAAUUAUUCUACAAUCAAUAUUAUUUUGAUCUUCAUUCUAAACUUCUAAUAUAGUUAUAUUUUUAUAAUCAAAAGUUAUAUUUUUAUUUUUUUUCUAAUAUUCUAUUUAAUAUUUUAUUAUUUUCUUUGCUUUCUUCUUUAGGUUAAUUUAGUCAUAUUAAUAAAUAAUAUAUUAAAUAUAUACAUCUUGUAAUUUAAACAUAUGAAGUAAUAUAUAGGUAUAUGAAGUAGCAAAUAGUGAGAGGCAACUUUUAAUAUAAUUUAUAAAUACUUGACUAAAAUAAUAGACUUCUAAAUGUUUUAGACCACGAUCUGAAUAAAUAGCUUAGAUUGUAUCGUAGCGUCUUAGACUAUCUCUGUUUUCUAACUUUUUUUUCUGUUUAUUACUUGACUACUUAAUUAUGACUGAAUCUGUAUUAUUUGUAAAACUUUGUUCAUUUUUUUAUAUAUUUAAAUAUAAUGGAUUAAUGGGAAUUUAACGCAUACCACAUUUAGAGCUAAGCCAUGCAAAAUUAAUUCCUUUUAGUUUAGCUUAGCGCAUACCCAAUUAUGAGAGAUAAGUAAAACUAUGUAAUCUAUUUGGGUUUACACUGAAAAUUACAGAUAAAUGAAGUAUAUAAUAAUGAGAAUAUUACUAGUAAACUAUAACUAUUCGUAUGAGAGUCCUGCCUUUUGAUGACAAGAUUUUUUAGGCCUAGUUACAAGUGUAGGUCUUCUUUCAUUUCAUCGCAAAGAGCGGCUAAUAACAUAGCUGAAAUUAUAAGUUUAUGUAACUCCCAUAGUUUAGUUAGUUGUAUUAGUUUAGCUCUGUAGUUUGACCGCAAACUACACUGGUAAGCUAAAGCAUGGACACUGCACCUCCCCAUUCUCUCCUAUUCUUGUAUUUUUUUCCACAUAACUGUACUUACAUGGCAAUGUUACGGUGUGAAGGGCGUGAUAUGGCAGUGAAAUUAUGUAUCGGAUAUGGGAAUGUAAUAAAUCAGUUCUCGGGAAUGUCAUGGGCGUCACGAAUCAGGAAGCCCAUCUGCUUGUUUGCAAUACUAAAUAUAAAAAAAAGCACUAAGUUGGGUUCUCUUGAGCUCUUAGUUAAUUUGUCUUACGCUUUAAUGUCGGAAACAAUAAACAGUGAAUGCGUUAAGUUUCCUUUAAUCAAUUAUGUUUAAGUCCACAUUAAUUUGUAACUAUUUGUAAAUAUAAAUACAGUGAUCUCACAUCUGCAAUAAUUCAAAAGACUGAUUUGAUGCCACACAAAAAAGCCAUCGGAACUGCCUAUAUUAAGUAUUCUAAGUAAUUAUAGUCGAUAAUUGUUUUUUACUUUAUAGAUGUCAAAAUUGAAUGGCGGAUUGAGAAACAAAAAUAUAUUUAAUUGUCGUAAAAAUAGAAUAAGAAUAACUAAAUCAAUAGAGAUUGCCAAGUUACACAUAGAUAUAUAAAUAAAAGAAUUUUGGUAAUAAAAUUGUAAACAAAAUUAUAUUAUUGUUUCUUGAAGCGCCGCAAACCAUGUUGACCGCAAGUGGAACUCAUUGAGAAAACUUUGACAGAAGAAAAAAUAAUAAAAAAAGCUAUCAAUUAUUCUGUACAUGAUCUCUUUCUUAUUUUGCGGUCAACAGCACUGUUAUACAAUUCAUGGGCAAUAGAUGAUGUUAUUUAGACAAAAUUUAUAGGACACAUGACUAAUGUUUUUAAUAUAAUUAUAGUCAUUCCAUGUCAAGGGUAUUAUGAAAUAAAAAAAAAAUUAUAAAAAAAAAUCUUAGCUUACUAUUAUAAUAAGGCAUGUAUCUCUCAAAGAUUUCAAUGGCUUGAUAUUAAUUUUAUGAUACUUAAAACCGUUUAUUUUUAUAAGUAAACACUUAGCCCCCCCCCCCCCCUCCAUUUUGAGCCAUUGAUUAUCUUUAUUAUGAUAUAAGACAUAAGUGUAAGAAAUGAUUUUUAAUAAGAAUAGAAACACAUAAAAAAAAAAAAACUUAAAAACAUAUAGCAACAGGUAUGAAUUAAAAUACUUUGAUCACUCUUAUGUUUGGUAAUAAUAAGGGUUAAUAUUGCAAAAUAACAAAUGCUAAGUCAAUUUAGUAGCCGUUAUCAUUAAAGUUGAAAUAAAAUUAAUGACAGAUAAUGGAAAUGUUAAAACGCAUUCAUAGUAUCAGCACUUUAUUGAAAGAAACCUCACAUUUAUUAAAGUAGAUAUCAUUUUAGCAGUAUUGUAUUUGAACUAAAAAUAAAUUGACAUAUUACGAAACAUACCAUAGGGUUACAAAAUUAUUAUAUUACACAAAAAUGUAUUUUACACUCAUAUAUUGUAAUUUUACACAUAAAAAAGCAAUGGUUUUUACACAUAGGAAAUACUUAUGUUACACAAAAAUAAACAAUAAAUUAGAAUUUUUACACAUAAAAAAUAAACAUGUUAAGUGAAAAUGUAAUUUACACACAAAAAAUGGUACUUAAUGCUUCUGUGAUUUUUAAUAUUGAUACGAUUCAGAAUUGUUGUUAAAAUAGUUUUUAGCUAAAACACCGCGUGAUGGCUUUGAAAAAUACUUUUGGCCUUAUUUCGAAAAUCAGCGUACCAUUCGUUAUCUGGCCACUGUCAGGAACUGAAUAUAGGUCUCUCCCUUAGACUGCCAUAAGCAACGUACCCGAGCUGUUUCACUCGUAACUCCAUCGUGAGAUCGUCACGCCAUCUAGUGGGGAUUAACGACCCCCACUAGAUGGCGUGACGAUUAAAAAUGUACCUAUAACAUUGCAAAUAUCUUUAUCUAAACCAACAUUGAAAAAAGAAAAACAUUUUUUUUUAUUAGUAAUCAAACUCGAUGUAAAAAAAUUCUUUCGCCUAUAAAAAAAAAAACUACGUUAGCGAGUAUCAAGGGGCAUAUUUCAUUAAAAAAAAAAUAUAGAAAUCCCCGCACUAUCUACCCGUGCGGACGUUAAUGUAUUACAGUUUAACGUAAAAAAAGGCAUUAUUUAUACAUAUAAGACAUAGGCCUCUCCUGUAAGGAGGGUUUUGCCAGUAGUCGCCACCCUUGGCAAGUGCAUUGGUAACCAUAGUUAGGUUUUGGUAAUGUUUUGAGAGGGACGCUGCUGUCCAUCCCGCGUCUCACUUAGUCGCCUCUUAUCCACGAGAAAGAAAGGGCCUAUUCUAUGCCGGGACCACACGGCUUGUCAAAUGUGCUAAUGCCAUAUUUUAAGCGGUAUAAUUUUUUUUAUGGCUGACUAUAGAGUGAUAACUCCGCCCGUGCUAUCGGUAUACACCGGCGAGGCACCAGUGGAAGAUGAUAGGUGAGGAUGAAGCAGGUCAGUUAGCCCAUCGUGACGAAUUCAACAAGAAUUAUUCACGAUGGGUUCCAGGGGGAACCACGUGGAGUUCGACUUAAUAGGGCAUAUUGCUAGCAAUGAGGCUGUCAAACUCAAUUGCUAACAAUCCCUUUCCCGCCUAAGUCGGUACGUUAUCAUUCGUUACUAGGUGUACAUAAACUCGUAAGAGUGUUACCAUGCCAAGUUUUAUACCAAGGCCAAUCGAUACCACGGGUGGUACUGCAUUGCGUAACGAUUCACAGGGUCCGAUUUAGGGGCGAGUCGGGCGAUUGCCCACAACGGCAAAAUUGAUGUUGAAAAUGGCUGACGAAAAAUGUGUUAAACACUCCGUCUACUUUUUAAGUGCCUUUUAAAAGAAUAUUCUCGAUCAUUUGAGAUUUAUUUGUAAUGCCCACAGCCACCUUUUAUCAUCGCACCGCUUCCCAUCGACAGGCAUUUCAUCUUUGUAAGCUUGAACCUAAAUGGUUGCGUACAGUGCGGUUUCAGAGGAAUUUCCUCCUACGAGCCCUCAGGUUAUAGAAUAAGUCCUCUGCCGAGGUUUUCCUCGCGACCUACAUAAUAAUAGCAUUUUUCAAAAUGGGUGUAUUAAGAUUUCUUCAUGGCCUUAAAUACGCGCGUGAUACCUCUAGUGUCGUAGUUUUGCACUUCUUUGGUAGCUCCUUAGAUCUCUGUGUCCCCAAUCGGUCUCUAGAAGAUUGAAGACUCUUUUUUCGCGUAGCGAAAUCAACCUUUCUUCUUAACCAACUUAAAAAAAGGUUCUCAAUCCGGCUAUACUUUUCUUACAUUUAUCACCUCAUAAUUCCGUCAGUUGUAAACCGAUUUGGUAAAUUCAUUUUUUUUCCCGAAAGGAUAUACUUACAGAUUGAUACCUUAGACGUUUUAUCAAAAUCACACCAUUAGUUUAAUUUUUAUCUCGAAAUAACUGGUCUUGUCACAAUCGAAUAUAGUUGUUUGUAGUUAUGACUGCAUGCAAAAUUUAACGCUUAAUUUUUUGCCCGGGAAGGCAACAUACCUAAAUCGGGCCCUGGCCACUCGUGGCACAUAACAGCAGUGAUAUGCAGUCUCUAUGCAGAUAUACAGUCUCACAUGUCAACCACUCGAGAUUGACACGUUAUAAACAAUAAUAUUGUUAUAGAUUUGCCCACUUGAACUGUUCGAAUGGAAUCUUCGAGCAAAUAAGGCUCUCAAAGAUUAAUAACUCUAUCAGUGUUAUGGCAAUGGGUUCGAGAAAUCUUGAAAGAUAAAACGUUAUUUUUAAAGUCGAUUGCACGAGGUUUUAUUUUUCGUCAUCGUUUUAACAUCCAUUAACUUGUCCACUGUUGAGUAAAGGGUUUUUUUUUCCAAAAAAGAGGGGUUUCCAAGUAGCUACCACGCUUGGCAGGUGUAUCGAGAACCGUCAAACUUGAUCGCCUCAGGGGGGAAAGGGAUUGUUAGUAAUGGAGACUGAGAAUCCCAUUGCUAGCAAUAUGACCCAAUCAGAUCCGCCUCCACGCGGUUCCCCCUGGAAACUAUCAUGGUUAAUUCCUGAUGAAUUCAUCAUGAUGGGCCAACUGGCCUGUUUUCAUUCUCAUCGAUCACCCUUCACUGGUGCUCCGCCAGCGUAUCCCGUUAGCGCAGACGGGGUUACCAUACCAUUUUCACCCAUAAAAAAAAACUUGAUCGCCUCUUACGACACCUAAGGGAAAGAAAGGAGUGGCCUAUGUUAUUCUAUGUCUGGACCACACGGUGUAUCGAAAAUAAAAUAUUACGGAUAAAUAGUGCGGUAAAUUUAAUUUUUUUUUUCAAAUAAAAUUUGUCCAUAUUGCUCGCUGAUAUAAUGCUUUCUAUAGGUGAAUGAAUUUUUAAAACCGAUCGUUACUAGCAAGAAAUUAAAAUUUACCGUUUUAUACUUAGUUAUAGUCUAAUAUAGUACGUAUAUAUCAAAUUUCAUAGUGAUCGGUUAAAACGUUAAGGCCCUAUAAGGUAUUAAACCAGCCAGCUUACUUUAUUUUAAGAUUAGACUUUUUUUUAAUGUAACGUUUCUGAAAAGGAAAACCAAUGACUUUUAUUAUAUCAACCGUUACGUGUCCACUGCUGAACAUAGGCCUUCCCAUUUAUGUGGGGCAUUCUGCCAGUAAUUGCAAAUCUUGACAGGCAAGUCGGCAACCGCAAUUUAUCUUUGGUAAUGUUUUAAGAUGGACGCUGCUGCCCCUCCUUCAAGCGUUAAAUUCCCUUAGUCGCCUCUUACGACACCAAUGGGAUUAGCAGUGGCCCAUUUAUGCAGAGAUCACACGGCGAAAACCAAUUAUUGUAUCAAAUUAAUUUUACCAUGUACAUAAUAUUAUUUCCCGCCAUGUUUGAUAAAAGUUUAUAUAAUAUUUCCCGCCAUAUUUGAAAAAGUUUAAAUAAUAUUUCCCGCCAUGUUUGAUAUAAGUUUAAAUAAUGUUAUUUCGCGCCAUCUUUGAAAAAGUUUAACGCAAAAAGUAUUUUAAAAAGUUACCACGCUCAAGGCCGUUAAUUCUCUAUCUGUGAUCCAUAAAACGUGUUCAUAUCAUAAAAAAAAUAUAUAUCACAAUAUUAGUUAUUUUGAUAGUUAUUUACGUCUUCCUCACUUCUAAAAGAAGGGAGGGUCUCAAUUGGAUUGAAUUUUUUUUAUGUUUGUCAUCUUAUAACUCCCGUCAGUUGUAAACCGAUUUGGAAAAUUCUUUUUUUUUUAUCUGAAAGCAUAUACUUACAGAUACGUCGUAUAGAGAUUUUAUAAAAAAUUGCUUCUGUAUUUUAGUUUUUAAAUCAAUAUAAUUUAUUUUGUCACAUUUGAAAUUGUUUUUUUUUUGUUGAACAAUUAUUUAAAAUUUAAGUUUUUUAUUUGUUUUUAUUCGAGUAGAUUUACAUAAAUGUUUUUUAAAACAUUAUUUCUCAUCGUGAUUCUGCUGUAUUUUUGGUAUUCACAAAAAAAAAGAAAAAAGCCAACAGUUAAACUUUUUUUUUAAACAGUAGUAGUUUAAUUUAUCCCACUCAAGGAAAGGCAAAGGUACUAAGUCAUAUUUUUUUUUAAACAAUAUUGGAUUCAAAAACACUAUAUAACUAUUAUUGUGAUAUUUAAAUAUUGAUAAUUUUGUCUGUUAUAACGCAUCACCUAAAUUCAAACUGGUUUUUGACUAAUUAAAAUUGUGCAGUUUGGAA